AUGGAGAAUCAACAACAACAACAACAGGCUCCAGUGAAAUCAAGAUUCAAGCGUAUCUGUGUUUUCUGCGGUAGCAGUCCUGGGAAGAACCCAAGCUACCAGCUUGCUGCUAUCCAACUUGGCAAACAACUGGUUGAAAGAAACAUUGACUUGGUUUAUGGAGGAGGAAGCAUUGGAUUGAUGGGUCAGGUCUCCCAAGCUGUCUAUGAUGGUGGUCGCCACGUGUUGGGAGUAAUUCCCAGGACUCUCAUGCCAAGAGAGAUCACAGGAGAGCCUGUGGGAGAAGUAAGAGCUGUAUCGGGCAUGCACCAACGCAAAGCAGAAAUGGCCCGCCAAGCUGAUGCAUUUAUUGCCUUACCAGGUGGUUAUGGAACCUUAGAAGAACUACUGGAAGUCAUCACUUGGGCUCAGUUGGGAAUUCAUGAUAAACCAGUGGGGCUGUUGAACGUAGAUGGCUACUACAACUCACUGCUAUCGUUCAUAGACAAGGCUGUGGAUGAAGGUUUCAUUGACCCUGCAGCCCGUCACAUUAUUGUCUCUGCCCAAACUGCCCAGGAACUCAUGUGCAAGCUAGAGGAAUAUAUUCCUAAGCAUUCUGGGCUAAGUUGGGAGAUGGAGCAACAACUGGAAUACACUGCAAAGUCGGACAUUGCUCGUUGA